AUGGCCGACGAUGGUGGGCCGUUUCCUCUCUCUUCCUCCUUGCUCCAUGCCUCUUCCUCGACCACCAUCCUCGAAUCGUCCUCUUCCUCACUCCUCGCAACCUCGUCGCCCGCUAUAGCCGCCACUUUUUCCUCUUUCUCAGGCCGUCCGUCGUCCUACCUGCCUCCCCCGCCGCUACCGCCUCCGGCACCUUCAACCAUGGUGGGGUGGAUCGGAUGGGUAUUUUCCUUCGUUUUCCAGGUCAUUCCAAGCAUUCUAUACUGGGCCAUCACCUUUUGUACCAUCACUCUGCCCACAUGGCUCUUCACGCUGUUCUCUAUGAGCCUGACGUUCACGAUGAAUUUCACCACCCUUCUCCUCAUAGCUCUGGCGAUUGUCUCGACAGUCAGCUGGUUCAUCCGGUACCGGUUCCUGAACAUGUAUAGCCGUCUGCCUCCGGAGCCCCAGCGAAAAGAACCCCAGCUCGAUCUCUUCCCCGAUGUCCAGGAAGGCGACUCCAAACCCGGUCUCGCCAACUACCUCGAUGAAUUUCUGAGCGCCAUUAAGGUUUUCGGCUAUCUCGAGCGUCCCGUCUUCCACGAAUUGACCCGGACCAUGCAAACGCGCAAACUGAUUGCCGGCGAGACUCUGCUCCUGGAGGAAGAAAAGGGCUUUUGCCUGGUGGUCGACGGCCUGGUCCAGAUCUUCGUCAAAUCCAUUCGGGAUGGCAAGUCGCCGGCGGAUCAUGAGCUCAAUUUGGCUGGGGACGACUCUACAGACGAAGAAGGCCAGAAUGUGGAUGGCCGCCAGGGGUAUCAGCUGCUGACUGAAGUCAAAAAUGGCGCCUCUAUGUCAUCCUUGUUUUCUAUCUUGUCGCUGUUCACGGAAGACAUCCAACUGCGGACCUCCGAAAGCCUGUCAUCCAGUGUGUCCAGUGUCGGCCCCAACCUUGCACGGGUGCCAGACUCGUCACCGUCCAGUCCCCGGGGAUUGGUACACAGUCCAGUACCCGUGAGAGAGCCUAGUGAAUCUGGCCAUAAUCUCCCCACAAACGGGGAGUUCCUCCCUACGGUCCCUCCCUUGCAUCUGGAAGAAAGCCGUGGUACUCCGGAUCACGAUCAUCAGCCGGAAUCGAGGACUAGACCAGGCAAGAAGCGUCGGAAAUCUGUGCAUCCCGAUAUCGUUGCCCGUGCGAUGGUGGAUACGACAAUUGCCAUCAUCCCAGCCAGUGCCUUUCGUCGCCUAACCCGAGUCUACCCCCGAGCUACGGCGCAUAUUGUCCAAGUGAUUCUGACACGACUGCAACGUGUGACAUUCGCAACGGCGCAUUCUUACCUCGGUCUCACCAAUGAAGUGCUGGGCAUCGAGAAGCAGAUGACAAAGUUUACAACAUACGACCUGCCCAACGACAUGAGGGGCGCUGCGUUGGAUCGUCUUAAGGACAAGUUCAUCAAGGAGCGAGACCGUUUGGGCCAUGAGGAAGUCACCAAGGGCAUUGCUCUGCACAACCCAUCUGCUGGGAGGAGACGUCGGUCGAGCAGCUUUUUGCGAAAAGAGGCGGCCCUUCAAGCGCGCAUGGCGACCACCCCGCGACGUCCCACUGCCACGGGCUCUCAAGAAAACAUGUCUUUCCACGACCGUGAUGCAGCCGGCGUCAGCCCCGGCGACCUCUUGUCCACCAUCCAGCUGUCCAGAUUUGGACCGCGGUACGAACACCUCGCCCCAAAGAUUUACAGCCCCCUCGCCGAGAAGGAACAGUCUCCGUUCCGGCCUCCGACCAUGCGCGGGCCCGCCUCUCCUUUCCAUCGUAAAGAGUCUCUCGAUGAAGAUGCUCUGUUCCGGGAGUCCAUCCUGGAUUGUAUUAUGAAGGCUCUCGGACUCACGUCGAGUACCCGGGAUAUCUUGCGUAAGAGUAGCCAUAACUCCGGUGAUGCGUCGCCAAAGCUCCUCUCCUAUGACUCGCGACGCCAAAAGGCGGUGUUUAGCAACAACGCGUUCGGCUUCAUUGAUCCUUACGAGGGGUCGGUUGAUGGCGAGACGGAGUCCAUGAUGUCCAUGUCGGUCACCAGUGCGGGUGGAACCUCGCCAAUUGUCAAUCUGAGAGAAGAACUCCGGAACGACAUCGAAAUUGUAUACUUUCCCCAAGGGUCGGUCCUGGUAGAGCAAGGGGAACGCCAUCCAGGCCUGUACUAUGUGAUUGAUGGCUUCUUAGAUGUGGGUAUGCCGGCCUGCGACAAAGGAGACGACCUGGUCGGUGCAACCCGGCCAGCACAUGGGGAGGAAGCUUUUCCGACGUUGAAACGGACCACGACUGCCUCGUCGCGCACCUCAAGUGUGGCACCUGGUGGAAGUGACUCGAAACGGAGGAGACAGUCCCGCAAAUCGCUCUAUCUGAUCAAGCCGGGCGGCAUCCAAGGCUACGUCGGGUCUGUGGCGUCCUACCGCUCGUACACCGAUGUCCUGGCCAAGACCGAUGUAUAUGUAGGGUUCCUUCCGAGGGCAUCCCUGGAGAGAAUCGCGGAACGCUAUCCAAUCGCUCUGUUGACUCUGGCCAAGCGGCUGACCAGUCUUUUGCCCCGUUUGCUCCUGCAUAUCGAUUUCGCUCUCGAAUGGGUCCAGGUGAACGCCGGCCAGGUCAUUUACCACCAAGGCGACGAGAGCGACGCGAUCUACCUGGUCUUGAACGGCCGCCUGCGGUCUGUUUUGGAAGGGACGGACGGCAAGAUGAACGUCGUAGGCGAGUAUGGCCAAGGAGAAAGCGUGGGUGAGCUGGAGGUCAUGACGGAGUCGACCCGGCCGGCCACCCUGCACGCCAUUCGAGAUACCGAGUUGGCCAAAUUCCCCCGGUCUCUCUUCAAUAGUUUGGCACAGGAACAUCCGGGAAUCACCAUCCAGGUCUCCAAGCUCAUUGCGCAACGCAUGCGGGAUCUGGUUGAGCGUCCGAUGACCGAGAAGGGUGCCGAGCAUGGCGCCGGUAGCAUCAAAACAGCCACCUCGACGGUCAACCUUCGCACCGUUAGCAUUCUACCCGUGACAGCUGGUGUUCCCGUGGUUGAAUUUGGCCAUCGGUUGUUAAACGCGCUUCACCAGAUUGGCGUGACCAAUGGGGUCACAUCUCUCAACCAAGCAGCUAUCCUGAACCACCUCGGUCGUCACGCAUUCACCAAGAUGGGCAAGCUUAAACUCUCCCAGUAUCUGGCAGAUCUGGAGGAAAAGUAUGGAAUGGUGCUAUACAUCGCCGACACCAAUGUCAACUCUCCUUGGACGCAGACCUGCAUCACACAGGCGGACUGCAUUUUGCUGGUUGGUCUCGCCGAGUCAACGCCGAGCAUCGGCGAGUACGAGAGGUUCCUGCUUGGAAUGAAGACGACCUCCAGAAAGGAGCUGGUCUUGCUGCACGCGGACCGCUAUUGUCCUCCGGGACUAACGCGCCGUUGGCUGAAGAACCGUGUUUGGAUCAAUGGAGGUCACCAUCACAUCCAGAUGGGCUUCCGCCUUACCGCUGAGCCUUCGCAUCCUCAGACCAAGCGCUUUGGGACUGUGCUAAAGGAGCGCGUCCAAGUCAUCCAGGCAGAGAUCCAAAAGUACACGUCUCGAAGGAUCCACCAAACGGCGUUGUAUUCCGCGCAGACCCCGUUCAAGGGCGACUUCCACCGUCUGGCACGGCGGCUGUGCGGCCGGUCCGUCGGGCUUGUCCUGGGUGGAGGAGGAGCCCGGGGCAUCGCACAAGUCGGUGUGAUCAAAGCCCUGGAGGAAGCGGGCAUCCCUAUCGACAUCAUCGGUGGUACUUCGAUCGGUGCGUUCAAUGGCGCGCUGUACGCCCGGGAUGCCGAUGUGGUGCCCAUGUAUGGGCGUGCAAAGAAGUUCGCCGGACGCAUGGGGAGCAUGUGGCGGUUUGCCUUGGACCUCACGUACCCGACGGUUUCGUACACGACUGGCCACGAGUUCAACCGCGGCAUCUUCAAGACGUUUGGUGACAGCCAGAUUGAGGAUUUCUGGCUGGAGUUCUACUGCAACACGACCAACAUCAGCAAAUCGCGGCCGGAAUACCAUUCGUCGGGAUAUGUCUGGCGGUACGUGCGGGCAUCCAUGACGCUGGCGGGUCUCAUUCCGCCGAUCUGCGACGAGGGCAGCAUGCUUCUCGACGGCGGAUACAUCGACAACCUGACCGUCCCACACAUGAAGGGCCUCGGCGCGGACGUGAUCUUCGCCGUGGACGUGGGGUCUAUCGACGACAACACGCCGCAGGGGUAUGGCGACUCGUUGUCCGGGUUUUGGGCAACGAUCAACCGGUGGAAUCCGUUCUCGUCGGUGCCCAAUCCGCCGACGCUGUCGGAGAUCCAAGCACGUUUGGCGUACGUCUCGUCAUUUGAGAACCUCGAGCAGGCCAAGACCACACCAGGGUGUCUGUACAUGCGGCCGCCGAUCGACCCGUACGGGACUCUGGAUUUUGGCAAGUUUGACGAGAUCUACCAGGUAGGGUACAAAUACGGCAAGGAGUAUUUGGAGAAGCUGAAGAACGAGGGCACGCUGCCGUUGCGGGAGGAGACGGAGGAGAAGAAGAAGCUGCAGCGGACGCUGGCGCCGCGGCGGGCGAGCAUUUAG